GCAAGCAAUGGAAUGGUACAAUAGAUCGCUAUGCCAUGCCGAAGAAGCUUCCGAGCCGAUGGGAUUGGCCUAUGCAAAUCGGUCGGCAUGUUUUUUCCACUUAAAAAUGUACAGCAAAUGUCUCAUCGACAUCGAGCUCGCCAAGCAAAACAGCUAUCCACGCGAUAAAAUGGCCAAAUUGGACGAGCGAAAAGCCAAGUGUUUGAGCGUGAUGAAAACAGAGGAAAAUCAAGGUGCUGCAUUUGAACCAAAGUUGGAUUUUAAGCCCAGUGAAAAAUUCCCAUGUUCAGCCAACGUGUUGAGAAUCGAAAACAACGACAAAUAUGGUCGACACGUCGUCGCCAACGAGGACAUCGAUGUUGGCAAAAUCGUAAUGGUUGAUCAAAAUUACUUUGCCGACACUAUCAAAAGGUAUACACGAUGCAACAUUUGCUUUGCAACUAAUGAAAACUUCAAACCAUGCCAAAGAUGUUCGUUCACGCUACUCUGUCCAAAAUGCGAAGAGAAUAGCUUUCAUACUAUUGAAUGUGAUAUAAAUCCCACCUAUUUCGGAACUCUGGGAAUAGUUGGAAUACGAAUGGUUGCUGUUCGCUCCAUUUUGCUGGCUAUGAACGCAUUUGCUGACAUUGAUGAACUGAUCGCAGCUGUCGAGGAAAUGAUUCAAAACGAUGUAGUUGAAGCACCCGAAUCACUGCUAGGCGAUUCGCAAUCAAACUAUCGAGCAUUCUUCAAGUUGCAUCCAAACCCGGAGCACCACACCGAUGACAAUCUUCCGAACAAGAUCAACUUUAUUUAUCGCUUACUGAUGGGUCAACGGGAUGUGACUGCAUUUUUCCGCUCUGAUGCACAUACACGUUUUCUCAAACACUUGAUCGCUCAUCAUUUAAUCGUGAUAAAAUAUUCGAGUCAACACUUUCGAUACCCAACCGGUGUCGGCGCGCUUGGUGGUCAAUCCGAAAUAGACUACGAAUAUCGCAUGAGCAUCCUUGCAUCGUAUUUCAAUUCAUCGUGCGCCCCAAAUGCAUACAUUUUCUCCCAAAGUGGUUACAACGUAUGUGUCGUUGUGCGAACAAUUCGGAAGAAUGAACAGGUGUGUGUGGCAUACGACACGAGUAUUCUGUUGAAGGCAAAAUCAAAACGCCAACAAAUCCUACAGAACAAAUUCAAGUUCUUGUGCAAGUGUCAACGUUGUCAGUCAUCGCACUUGGAAUCAUCAAGCUUGAAAUCAAACGACGCAAUCAUUUCAGAUCGAUAUUUCCAUAAUUUGCGUGCAGACAUCAAAUGUGCCACUGACAAUUUUGAUUCUCAAUCAUUCGAACCGCUACGUGCGCAAUGCUUCAAUAUGUUGAAGAAAUACGAUAGAGUGCCAUUGUGCUUGGAGAUAAAUUGCAUCAUGGACGAUUUGAAUACAUUGGCAGUGAAUGAAAAAACUGGACUAUUGAAGGUAUCCCUUAUGUCACACUUGGCGAACUGA